UUGUGCCGACAGCGGUGAAAAUCAAUCUGAUCAAUAUGCUGUCAGAGACGGGGCUUCAGGUCAUAGAGGCCACCAGCUUUGUUUCUCCCAAAUGGGUUCCUCAGAUGGCUGACCAUACUGAAGUCAUGCAAGGGAUUAAUAAGUUGCCCGGUGUCAGUUAUCCUGUGCUGACCCCUAAUCUGAAAGGGUUUCAGGCCGCGGUGGCAGCGGGAGCCAAAGAAGUGUCGAUCUUUGGAGCAGCGUCCGAGCUCUUCACUAAGAAGAACAUCAACUGCUCCAUAGCGGAGAGCCUGGAGAGAUUCGGUGAAGUGAUGACCGCGGCCAGAGCAGCCAGCAUUCCUGUCCGGGGAUACGUUUCCUGUGUCCUUGGGUGUCCCUAUGAAGGGAAGAUUUCUGCAGCUAAAGUUGCAGAGGUCUCGAAGAAGAUGUACUCGAUGGGAUGCUACGAGAUUUCCCUGGGUGACACCAUUGGCAUUGGGACCCCCGGGAGCAUGAAGGAGAUGCUGACGGCUGUCAUGAAGGAGGUGCCCGUUGGGGCUCUUGCCGUCCACUGCCAUGACACCUACGGGCAAGCUCUUGCCAACAUCUUGGUAGCGCUUCAGAUGGGCGUGAGCGUGGUUGAUGCUUCCGUCGCUGGCCUUGGAGGCUGCCCCUACGCCCAAGGGGCCUCCGGGAACGUGGCGACGGAGGACGUGGUGUACAUGCUGAACGGCCUGGGGGUCCACACGGGUGUGGAUCUGCAGAAGCUGGUGGACGUGGGCACGUUUAUUUGCAAUGCUCUCAACAGACGAACCAAUUCCAAAGUGUCCCAGGCGUCUUGCAGGCUGUGAUACCGAAUCGAGUUCCUCCUUGGGUCAA